GGUGCGCUGUCGAGUGCAGCAACCCAGAUUGGCAACCACCUCAAUAUCCUUGCGUGAAAGGUCUGCUGAUAUCACUGUGCAAGCCAUUCAACUCUGCAAAUCCACAACCGCCCCUUCCAUAAGUUGGACCGCGCCUUCUGCAUACGCCCUGCGCCUGCCGUCCACGUCCCCCCGCCAGUGAACCGCACCUUCCCUACCAUGCUUCGCUAGCACACCGACCUGUAAAUGCGAUGAACUGAAGCACACGUGCAAACCGACACCCAACCAAAGAGGCGCCAUGUCGCGUGAGCCAGGCGGCUUCCGCUCGAGGACGAACGGCUCUGGAGGUUAUACCAACGGCUACGGCUCCCGCGAGGGUGGAUAUGGCGGCCUCGGAGCUGCAGACGACGACUACCCCAGGCGCCCGAGCGCAGACAGGCCCAGGCCGAGUGCGGAGAGACCAAGCGGCGAGAGGCGCCGGCGGCCAGGCGGCUACGGUGGCUACGGCGGCUUCUCGCAGGAAGACGAGGACGCUCCCCAGGUACAGCGACCGACCAGUCUCGAGCGCUCGCGGGCAAACAGGAGGAGUGGUGAGGUAAGACCGAGAAGCGCCGGCGGUCCUGGUAGCAACUACGGGCCAGGAAGCCAGCAGAUGGAGGAAGUUCUCAGAUACAUCAAACAGAACUGGGAGUUCAUGACCUCGGAGAACUGCGUGCCCGUCGAGGUGGCGCUCAAGCUGAUGGAUUCUAGCUCGCUGGGACUAGCAGGCCAGUAUAACAGCUUCCAACAGACCCACCAGGACAUGCAACGCGCGCUCAAGGCCAUUGUCAACGAGCACCACCAAGGCUUCAACAGUUCCAUUGGUACAUUCCACAAGAUCCAAUCCAGUUUGCAGUCUUCUCAAAUCCGUGUCAGGACUCUCAAGGAGUCUUUGACGCAGGCAAAGGUCCACUUAUCCACAACGAAGCCAGAGCUGAAGGAGUUUGCAACUUCAUCGCAAAACUACGACGAGAUGAUUCAAGUGCUGAACAUCAUCGAGCAACUGCAGUUGGUACCGGACAAGCUGGAAGCCCGCAUCUCCGAGAAACGUUUUCUGUCCGCUGUCGACAUCCUGCAGGAUGCAUUGCGCAUGAUACGAAAAUCUGAGAUGGAGAAGAUUGGCGCUCUCAGUGAACUUCGUACAUACUUAAGCAACCAAGAACACUCCUUGACCGAUAUCCUACUGGAAGAACUGCAUAAUCACUUAUAUCUUAAGUCACCUUACUGUGAGGAUAGAUGGAAAGUGUACGCGCAGAACCAACCAAAAGGCGACGGAGCAGAACGCAGCAAGGGGCAUGCACGUGCGCGGAGGCUCUAUGAGUUCUUGUCUGACCUCGACACGUCCGAACCUAUGGUCGAUGAUUCACAGCGUAACCCGGAAGCUGACACCUUUGAGUACAUUCGACUGAUUGUAGAGGCGCUCAACAAGAUGAACCGACUCGACAUUGCAGUCGAUACAAUUCACGAGCGUCUGCCUGUGGAGCUAUACAGAGUUGUCGAGAAGUCCAACAACGAAGUCACGCAGCGCCAUCCCAGCAUCAUACGCGCGUACGCUGCCAGAAAGGAGGAGAAGCGCACGGUUGCCGCCGAAAGUGACGAGCUCCGCGCAGGUGUCCUCAAUGAUCUACUGUGGACUUUGUAUGCUCGAUUCGAAGCAAUCGCUGAGAGUCACCGUGUAGUGUACGAUGUUGUGACCGGUAUUGUCCGCAGAGACGGUAUCCGUGAUUCAAAUAGCACUCCACUCACCCGAGGAUUCAAGGAAUUGUGGAAACUCUUCCAGAACGAGAUCCGAUCUCUGCUUCAUGACUACCUUGCCACAGACGGUGACUUUGGCAGUGGCCGUGGCCAAGGCAAGGCUACCAGUGGAAGUGCGUAUUCGCGCACACCGCGCGACAGGAACAAGCGGAUGUUCAAGCUCUCGGACAUGGACACAAAAUCAACCGAGCUUGCAGAGGAGCGCGAUAGUCUCGAGUUCAUCUUGAAGUCCUCGGUACCCGGUCUCGUUUCCGAUUCUAAACAGCCGGAAGACGUGUCUAACAACACCAGCUCGAAUCUUGAUGGUAGUGCCACAGGCCACAAACUGCUGGUCGAACCGAGUGUCUUUAACAUGGGUAUCCUACUGCCGCCCUCUCUUGACUUUUUGAAUCGCCUGAAAGAAGUCGUACCAUCUGGCUCAGAUAUCGUCAUCAGUACCCUGCACUCAUUCCUUGAUGACUUCCUCGUGAACGUGUUCCUUCCUCAACUGGAUGACACGCUGAACGAGCUGUCCGACAAAACCUUUGUUGAGCUGGACGCUUUCCAAGAGGAUCCGCAGUGGUCACAUUACUCGAAGAAGCCCAUCUUCAAAGGAACAGUCAAAUUUUUCAACCUCAUCACAGCUUUCUGCAAAAUGCUUGAUAAUCUUCCUCACGACCAGGCAUUCUCUCAACUCAUCAUUACGCAGAUGAGAACGUACGGUGACAAGUGUGUCGGCAACUUCAAAGCUAUGAUGGCCAGGGGCCAACCUAAGGGGCCCACGAACGAGCUACUCAAGGCGUGUGCGGUUUAUGCCGAGUUCGAAGGCGAGAUUGGUGAGGUCAUCGGCCAGCUGUUCGACUCAGAUGCCGACAAACUUGAGCUCAUUAAUACCGAAACCAAGUUAAUCAUAGCCGCGACUGAAGAGGCCCCGAUCGACCAGCAGGACAUCAUCCAGGACAGGAAGACGAUCCAAAUGCUAUGCCUGUUGUACACCAGCAUGAAAUGGCUGGCGACUAAGGUAUCUCAAUUACGGCAUAUUAGCAACCGUGCUACAGAUUCGUCGAAACCGCAGAUCAGCGGCCAACGCCACAAUAGACGAUGGACGUUCAUCGCAGAAUCAAGGACAGAAGGCACCGCGGUAUACCUGCCACUAAAUCAAGAAACCGCAGGCCAACUAGACAUGGUCGUAGAUACAUACCGAAAACUGGCCACCCUCGUCCAUCGCAUGCUGCACGUCAACCUCCGCCUCACCACCAUGCACUCGCUCGCCGCCACCAUACAAACCACGUACAACCUUGACUCGGCAGUCACAGACCCCGACCCUGCCAUUCAGGCCCUCACUACCGCCCUCACUGCCUACGAAGCCGAAAUGUCAACGUAUCUCCCCACAACUCAAUACACACAAAUCAUCGCGGGCCUCGCCCCUUUCACUGACACGUACCUCCUGUACCUCUGCAUCCAGCGCAUCAAGUCCAUGAACGCGGACGGCUGCGCCGCGAUGCAGCUCAACAUUCUUGUGCUGCAGCAGAACCUCAAAAACAUCGAGAGCGACGCAAAGUUGACGUACUCUGCGCUAUAUUUUGAUUUAUUCACCGAGGGCCCUGAUGCGGUCGUCGCACGCGCGAAGGAGUACGGCAAGGGGUACGGGGUGCCCAGCGGGCUUGUCACAGAAGCUGUUGUAAAGGACCUGCUGCGGCUGUGCUAUGCGGAGCGUCUGAAGAACGAGCGGAGGGAGGUUGGUGUGCAGGCGCAGCGACAGCUUGAGGCGCAGGAGUUGGAGGUUAGCGAGUAUAUGUACUAGAAUAUAGUAUACCCCAU